AUGCGUUCCAUACUACCUCUCCUCGCCGGCGUCAGUCUGUCUGCAGCUUGGACCGAACUUCACCAUGAGCCAUUCAUGAACAAGAACGUUGAUCCAAUUGUCGUUCCAGGCACCUAUACUUCGCAUAUGCACACCUUCUUCGGCAGCGACGCGGUCACCAAUAUUCUCCCCACCUCGGCUGACCUGCAGAAAGGCUGCUAUAGCGGCCAGAAUGCCAACGACUUGUCUGUUUACUGGGUCCCCACACUGUACUAUGUCGAUGGUGACACCUUCACUGAGGUGCCUGUCUUCCGCUUCAGUACCUAUUACACCAAUGCCUUCGCCGAGAUCGCCAUCCCCCAGGAUUUCGCCAUGAUCUCCGGCAACGCGUCUGCGCAGACCCAAUCCGAGGCCGAUCACCCUUCCAACGGAUUGGAGUGGUUCUGUGAAGGAUCGAACGUGCGUGAAUCUGAUAUCGCCAAAUUUCCCACCAGCACUUGCGACCAGCACUUGCAGGUCUCGCUUCGCUUUCCCAACUGCGUCAACCCGGACAACCUCGCUGCAUACGACUGGAGCGACGAAUCCAACAAGUGUCCUGAGGGCAUGAAGGCGAUCCCCCAGCUUCGCUAUGCUGCCCGGUACAACACCAAAGCUGUCGUGCCCGACGGCUGGAGAGGCGACGCUCCCUUUCAGCUGUCGUGUGGCAGCGCCUCAGGCAACGGAUACUGCUUCCACGGCGACUUCAUCAACGGCUGGUACGAAGAUGCUGCCGAGAACAUGCUCGCGUCCGGCGGUGGUGGUUACGAAGAUGGCCAGUUCAUCAGCGGUGAGCACGGAUCUGUUGCGGCUGAUUCUAGCUGCACCCCUACUGAUCAGGACCCUGACAACGGGACGAGCGACUAUCAUUCAAGCUUGGAGAUGAUGAACGGUGGAGCAGCUGUAGUCGAGGCCGUGAAUGCGACUUCUGUGCCUGUGACCACAGUCGCUCAACCUACCACCUUGGCUCCGGUGUCGACACCUGCGGUGAGCUUGACCUCGGCACGUCGAAGACGGGUCAAGACCAUGAUUGUCUAG